AUGUCGCGCUCUUUCCUCCAGUCCUCUAUUCCAGACCUACUGAAGAAACUCACAACAGACGAAAAGAUAUCUCUCCUUGGGGCCCCCAACUGGUGGAAUACUAAUGCCGUGGAACGCCUUGAAAUACCUGCCAUCCGCAUGAGCGACGGACCCAACGGCGUCAGAGGCUCGUCCCACUUCGUCUCGACGCCAGCACAAUGUCUUCCGUGUGCUACCUCCAUGGCGUCCACCUUCGACCCCGAUUUGAUCCAUCAGGUCGGCGUGUUCCUGGCAGAAGAAGCAAAGAUCAAAUCUUCGGUCAUUCUUCUUGCGCCUACCUGUAACAUACAGCGCAAUCCCCUGGGUGGACGCGCGUUUGAGUCCUUCUCCGAAGAUCCCCAUCUGUCGGGGACUCUCGCCGCGGCAUACGUAAACGGUCUCCAAUCGGAAGGCGUAGCGUCUACAAUCAAGCAUUUCGUCGCCAACGAUCAGGAGCAUGAACGCACGGCCGCCGAUUCCGUGGUCUCUGAUCGUGCGCUUCGUGAGGUGUAUCUCUACCCGUUCAUGCUGGCGCAGAGAGAUGCACAUCCAUGGUCGUUCAUGACUUCCUACGGGCGUAUUGGUGGCGUACAUUGUUCAGAAAAUCCUAUCCUGAUCCAAGAUAUCUUGCGGAAGGAAUGGGGGUUUGAUGGCAUUGUCAUGAGUGACUGGUAUGGGACAUACAGUGUUGAUCUUGCCAUCAACGCUGGAAUGGAUCUUGAAAUGCCUGGACCGCCUCGCUGGCGCACUCCACUUCUUGUCAAUCAUAUGCUGUCAUCACAGAAGGUCCUGACUUCCACAUUAGACAAGCGCGUCGGCGCAAUGCUUGAAUUUAUCCAGCGUCAGGCGCGCCGACACCCAGAGAUCGUAUAUGGCGAUGGGGAGGAGCGUACAAGAGACACUCCGCAGGGACGUCAAUUCUGCCGGCGACUCGCUGCCGAGGGCAUGGUUGUUCUGCGCAACGAACAAAAUGUGCUACCCAUCCAAGCCGUCCAGGGAAAGACAACAAAGGUCGCGCUCAUUGGACCGAACAUGAAAGAGAGGGUCAUUUCGGGGGGAGGUUCUGCCGCUUUGAAGGCAAGCUAUGUCGUAAGCCCAUAUGAGGGCCUGUUGGCGAAUGCGCCAGCAGGGCUGGAGUUUGAUUACGAGGUUGGCUGCUAUGCACAUAAGUAUACUCCAACCCUCGAACGAUACCUGAAAACCACCUCUGGAGAGCCUGGGUGGACGUGCACGUUCUACAAUAGCGACUCCUCUGGCAAAGCCUUGGGAGCACCUGUAGCAGAGUAUCGCUUGACAGACACUCGCAUCAGGCUGAACGACUUCUUGCCCGCGGGUCUCUCGCCAGAAUGGACCAUCAAACUGCGAGGGCUACUCACGAUGGACAAGACGACGACUUAUGAGUUUGGACUUACGGUCGCCGGGCGCGCGAGAAUGUUUGCCAAUGAUGAGCUUGUAAUCGAUAACUGGACGAAACAGAGGCCUGGCGAAUUCUUCUACGGACAAGGUACUGUGGAAGAAAUGGGCACUCUCGACUUGGUCGCCGGACAGUCGAUUGAAAUCAUGGUCGAGUACACGAACACAAAAGCUCCUGAAGGCCCCGAGGCCGACCGGUCGCAGCCCGCGCUGAUGCGAGGCGUGCGGUUUGGGGGCCGGGAGAAGAUCGAUCCAGACCAAGCAAUAGAGGCAGCAGUGAAGCUCGCCGCUUCCUCGGAUGUCGUUGUGGUCGUUGCCGGACUCUCGCCGGACUGGGAGAGCGAGGGGUUCGAUAGGCAGACGCUCGAUAUGCCUUUGCGCACGAAUGAGUUGAUAGCACGCGUUGCCAAAGCUAACUCGAACACUGUUGUGUGUGUGCAGGCGGGGUCCGCGGUGUCUAUGCCAUGGGUCAAGGAUGUGAACGGCAUUAUACAAGCCUGGUAUUCGGGGAACGAAGUUGGCAAUGCCCUUGCUGACGUCGUCUAUGCCAACAUCAACCCGAGCGGUCGUCUUUCUCUGACACUCCCUGUACGUGAAGAGGAUAUACCAGCAUGGCUGGGCACGCGGAGCGAGCAUGGCAAGAUUCAUUACCGCGAAGAUCUGUUCGUUGGAUACAAAUUCUAUCAAGCAAAGGGCAUCGCCCCCUUGUUUCCUUUCGGCUUUGGUCUGUCGUAUACCUCGUUCGCGUAUUCAGAUCUUUCGAUUACUGGUCCAUCGUCCCACGACGCUGAUGUCUCCCUUGAAAUAUCUGUCAAGGUCAGCAACGUCGGCGAGCGUGUCGGCUCUGAGGUUGUACAGGUGUACGUGUCGCUCCCGGACUGUGGUAUAACAAGUCCACACUUCCAAUUGCGCGGGUUCACAAAAGCCCGCGACGUCGCUCCCGAAGGCUCACAGACCGUGCAAGUGCGAUUGAACAAAUACGCACUGUCCUUCUGGGAUCCUAGGGAGCACGCAUGGAGAGCUGAGGCAGGGAAGUACGGCGUGUACAUCGGUAAAAACAGCAUGGAGAUGGUGCUGGAGGGAUCGUUUGAGCUGAAGCGGAGUUUCACCUGGCAAGGCUUGUGA